AUGGAGGGGGUCACAGUCGGCCAGGUAUUUGAUGCGGAAUGCAUCCUCAGCAAACGGCCGAGAAAGGUAAGAAAUCCCCGUUAAACGCUCCGUUUGGACUCUUCUUUCCCCGGGACUCGGCUCACAGUUUCUCUCUGACUGUUUUUAUUCUCUUUUUUCAGGGGAAGUUUGAGUAUCUGGUCAAGUGGAGAGGGUGGUCGUCUAAGUAAGUAGCUAGCCUGCUGCGUUAGCCGCCGCUGCUAACGACACAACAUGAAAAAUGGCUUCAGACAAUGAAGCUGCUCCUCCGGGUUAACGGACCUGCUGCAGGGCUCCGAACCGGGCAGAACCCUCAAUAACAGCGGGGUUAUUACCGACACAGGGUCCGAAUAACACAGAGAGAAUAAAGCAGACAUUUUACAUCCUUAGUGUUCGGGUUUAGCUGAUGCUAGAACCAGAAUCAGACCAACACAAGCGACGAUUUGAUCCUCCAAAAACUGGACCAGAACCACCAGAAAAUACACGGAUGGGUUCUGAUUUACAUGUUUAAUGUAGAGUGGAUGGAAAAUGUAGAAUAACCGCGUAGUUACAGAGAAAACCGAGUGGAUUAGACAGCAUCAGCUGUGUUUACAUCCACAUUCACACCUCUUUAGUAUUAUUAUUAUUGUUAUUCAACUCAGUUCUGAAGACCAAACACAUUUUCACAUAAUGAAAAUAAUGAUCAUUAUUUUAGAUAUUUUUAACAGACCAUUCAUACAGAUCAACACUUGAGAAUCAUUAAUCCUAAUAUUUAACCAUUAAUAAACAUCUUUACUGAUACAUCAUUGUGACUGAAAACAAGAGAAGAAUAGAUGUCAUACAAAAAAAAAACAGAUAAACUUCAAAAUUAAACCUCAGUCUAUGUAUUAUCCGUCCAUUCAAACUAGUAAACAAAAAACAAAAAAAACGAGUCAGUAUUUGUUUAUUUGUUUUUCUGUAUAACCAGAAAAACAAAUAAAUCAGAGCAGUUUAGACGCCCAUCAGCUGUGUUUACAUCCACAUUCAGACCUCUUUAUUAUUAUCAUUGAACUGAGUUCAGUCUGAGUUUGUUUUUAAUCAUUCACCACUUUAAGAAGCUUCUUUUAAAAAAAAAUGUUUUUUCUAAAGUUAAAAACUAAAAACUUCAUGAAUGUAAAUAACGUUGAAUUUCUUUUUCUAUAAGAUUUUAAACUUGUUGGAAACAAAAUAUGUUAAUUAUUUUUUAAAUAUAUUAAAAAAAAAAAAGAGUCACAAUAUAAAGACAAACUGCAAAAUUAUCAUAGGAACACAAAGAAUUUCCCAAAAUUACAAAUUGCAAGAUUUACCAUGGACCCAAAAAUAUCCUUAAGACAAAAAUAUUCAAAGAAACAAAAAAGAAAAAAGGAAACAUGAAAAUAUUAAUAAAAUAAAAAUAUGUAUCCGACUGUUUUUACCCUGUUUAACCGUUUUUUUUUUUUUCUGGCGUUUCAGGCACAACAGCUGGGAGCCAGAGGAAAAUAUUCUGGAUCCGAGGCUGCUGGCAGCUUUCCACAAAAGGUGUGUGUGUGUGUGUGUGUGUGCGUGUGCGUGUGUGUGUGUGUGUGUGUUUCUAGAGCUGCUGUUUGUGUGAUUGGAUCAGUAAGCGGAUUAUUCAUUAACGAUGAUUAGGACUGUGGGCGAUGUAUCGACAUAAGAAAUACAUCGAUAUAUUUUUUAAUGAGUUAUGGAUGGGACCAAAUCACAUAUAUAGAUAUACAGAUAUUAGAUGUUGUUGUUGACAGGCUGGUGUUUCUCAACACGUUCACAGUCUUGUGCAACUGGUUGAGACCGUCAAGAAGAUAAGAAAGGAGUAGCUUUAAUUAAAAAACAAAGGUACUCCUGUGGUUAUAGAGUAUUUAUGUUUAUAUUUUAUUGAUUAUUGAACAGCUGAGCAGAAUUUCAUACAGUCAGGUUAAAUAGAAAUACUCGUGACGUGUCAUAUUUGGCUUUCACUUUGCAAAAACAACAUCAGGAUAUAUAUCGUUUAUUGAUAUUCAGCCUAAAUAUAUCAGGAUGUGACUUUUGGUCCAUGUCGCCCAGCCCUAACGAAGAUCAAUUUAAAAAUCAAUUUAAAAAGAAUCAAAAUCAGCUGAUCAGUAAAAUGUUCAAGAUUCUGCUAAAAAAAACAGAAAAUAGAAGAGUUAUUAUCUUGUGGAAACAGUUUAAUUAUCUGAUUCACUCAAUAUAAUAAUCAUGUCAGUACUUUAUGCGCACAGGUUAUCUUGACUAAACAUCAUUAUAAUCUUGUUUCACGUGUUGUUAUCUUGAGGGAAAAAGUUCAAAUCUUGUGCAAACAAGUAAGUUAUCUUUUGUGCUCAUUAUCAUCUUGUUGGGGAGAAAUUAUUAUCCUGCUAGAACUAGAUAAUCAUCUUGAGUGAACAUGUCAAAAAGUGUUUAAUUUGGUGCAAGUUACAUGAUUGUGCUCACAAGAUAACAUGUUCCAACAAGAUAAUUGAGCACACUUGAUAUUUCGCUUAUUGGAACAAGAUCAUGAUUUAACAUGAACAAGAUUUUUCUACUGUAAACAUGGAAAGAUCUUCCUUUGGCCAACAAGAUUGUGACUUUUAUUCUGCAAGAUAAUUGUUAACAUGAAAUAAUGAUCUUGUAGAAACAAAGUCAUUCCUAAACUGUCCACACAAGAUGACGAGAUCAGAUCUUGUUCCACGAAAUGAUGUAGAAACAAGAUCUUUAAGUGUGUCACAGUCAUUGAAUUGGAUCUCUGACCUCUUUAAACUCUCCGGGGUCACUCCGAUAUUUUCAGACAUUGUUCUGAUUUUAAAAUCCGUGCGGAUCCUGUUGGAGCGCCGUCUGCCCGUUAACAGGAUGUUUGUUUGUGUUUCAGAGAACAAGAGCGAGAACUUCUGUUCCAGAAGAAAGGGAAGAGACCUCGAGGACGUCCGCGGAAGAUUCUGGUACGUCUCCUCCUCCUCCUCUGCGUCUCGUUCUAAACUCUGAACAAACUCAAACUCGUCUUUUUCUCAUCCGUCCUUCUUCUUUUUUUUCUUCUUCUUUUCAGCCGCCGGCUCCUGCCGUCACCAAAGACAGCCGCUCUUCCUCCUCCUCUUCCUCCGGGCUGACAUCGUCUGCCUCCUCCUCCUCUGAGGAUGAAGAUCACAGUAAGAAGGCCAAGUCCGGCCCCCGCGCUCACCCCGUCCCCCAGAAGAGGCCUCAGAUCCUGCUGGCCAAACCAGAACCUCCACGGAAGAAGAAGCGGGGGAGGAAGCCGCUCCACCCCGACCUGAGGGCGUUAAGACAAGCCAAGAGCCGACCGUCUGCUCCGCCUCCUCCGCCGCCCCCUCCCCCGCCUCCUCCACGCCACCACCAGGCGCUCAGAGCACCCAGAGAUGAGCCCCGCCCCGGUGUGAAGAAGCCCCUGCAGCCCGCCAGCUUCACCUACACGGGGAUGAGCCGGAGCUCCAGAGAGGACGCCGCCGCCGCCCAGACCUCCUCCAGCUCCUUCUCCCAGAGCUCCGCCUCCAAAUCCGGAUCCCUGAGCUGCAUCUGGACGAGCCGCUCCAUGUCCCCCUCCUCCUCCUAUAAAGCUAGCCCCGCCCCCCACAGUAAGAACUCGCUGUCCGAGCUGAAGCGCUCGCUCUCUGAAACCUCCGGCGGCAGAGACGGCGGCUUCAAAGCGUCUUCUCACAAACAGGGGGGCGGAGCCAUGGGUCUGCACGCCGGCUUCGGAGGAGGACAGGCGGUGCAGCGCUCGUCUCUGAGUCAGAGGAGGCAGGACGGCGUGGGGGGUCAGGCCGGGUCGGCUCAACACAAACAGCAGAACUCCAGCCUGUCCAAACCGGCGUCCUCCCCAACGCCACGGGACCGAGCCAGUCAGGCGCUCAGUCUGAGGGCGCUCAACCUGCAGAGCGUCAGCAAGACUCCGCACGGCAGCAACGCCACCGCCUCAGCAUCCAGAGCGAGUCUACGGAGUGGCGCCAUGGUGGUCAAAGCAGGAGGCGGGGGCAUGAAGGAGACCCGGACGUCCUCUGGAGGGCAGCGCUUUGGCGUGUCAGUAGGCGGCGCCGCAGAGCAGAGCAGGACGAGAGACGACAGAGGGAAGGAGACGGCGGGCGGCCGGCACGAGGACAGGAAACACGGCCUCAGCUCGCAGACGCGCAGCCUGAACGAGCUCAGCACGGGAGACUCAGACGAGAGCAGCAGCAGCGAAUCAGAGCACGGCGCCGCUUUGAUCCCAAACAUCAGCCGGCCCAGCCUCGGCGAGGACGCCACGGAGUCUGACACAGAGACCGACUGGAGGCCGACCAGGAGCCUCCUGGAGCACGUGUUUGUCACGGACGUCACCGCCAACUUCAUCACAGUGACGGUGAAAGAGUCGCCGACCAGCGUGGGAUUCUUCAACGCCAGAAAUCACUGA